GUUCUCUUAUAAACUUUGUUCUUCUAGAUUGUUUGUGUUUUUUUUUUGGGCAGCGGAGGACGACGACGGCAGGAGCUUGCACCGAAGAGCGAAAAUGGUGAACAUUCCCAAGACUAAGAAGACUUACUGCAAGAACAAGGAAUGUAAGAAGCAUACCUUACACAAGGUCACCCAGUACAAGAAGGGUAAAGACAGUCUUGCUGCCCAGGGUAAACGUCGUUAUGACCGCAAACAAUCCGGUUACGGUGGUCAGACCAAGCCCGUCUUCCACAAGAAGGCCAAGACUACCAAGAAGAUUGUCUUGAGGCUCCAGUGCCAAACAUGCAAGCAUUUCUCUCAGCACUCAAUUAAGAGGUGCAAGCACUUUGAGAUUGGUGGAGACAAGAAGGGAAAAGGAACAUCUCUCUUUUAAGUUAUUUCCUCUUAUCUACUUUCUUUUUGUUGGUACUGUCUUGCUUCGAUACUUGAAUACAUUUUGAAUCUUCCAGAAAUGCUUAUGGUGUUCAAUUUAGAUGACAUUGUCGUAUGAAAUAUCUUUUAGUUUCGUGAACCUU